GAGUCCCUGCAGGUCUGCUCGAGUCCAGGAGACCCCCAUGCGUCACCAGGACCGGUUUGGUGCGCGUCCCUCCCGUCCCUGAUGAUGUAAUCCUCCCUGAUGGAUCUGCGCUCUUCUGCGCAUCUUCAUGCGUCUCCAUCCGCGCCAACUUCAACCUCCACCCGUGCCCGCGUCUUCCCGUGCCCGUGGAGCAUCUCACAGGGGAAGUUUUAGCUCCAACUAUCACUGAACUUGAUCAACUUUAACCCCCCCUCCUCCUCCUCCUCCUGCAGGACGCGGAUCCGCGUGAUCCGGUGGGGAGAUUACAGGAAUACGCACGCGUUUUUUCCUCGUUUUUCCUGCGUCUGCAUGUGUUUCCCGGGACGAGGUUGGGGGUAAAACACUGCAGCAUGUAAGAGGAUCUUAAGCCGUGGAUCUUAUCCGUGGAUGUGUGGAGGACAGCAGCCCGGGGAGGAUGACUGCAGCCGGCCGGGACGCGCACGUCUCCCCGGCGGUGGCCGCGCACGCCGAGGGCGAGGAGAUCGAGGUGCUGGAGAGCAGCGAGGUGCUGCCGGCGGCCCCGGAGGACGGGCAGUGGAAGUCUCUCUUUGACGAGUACGACCCGGAGGAUUCAGGCUUCAUCAGCACCGAGCGGUUCAGGGACCUGCUGGCGACCCACGGCUCUGAGCUCGACCCCCACAAACUGGAAGUCCUGCUGGCUCUGGCCGACGGCAACGCCGAUGGAAAGAUCUGCUACCAGGACUUCGUCAACCUGAUGAGCAACAAGCGGUCCAACAGUUUCCGGAGGGCCAUCCUGCAGGGCAGCCGGCAGCUGAAGGGCUGCAGCCUCAGCGAGGAGCCGGGCCUGGGGCUGUCGCAGCGCUUCGUUCGCCACGUCGCCUACGAGACGCUGCCCCGCGAGGUCGACCGCAAGUGGUACUUCGACAGCUACACCUACUGCCCCCCUCCCUGGUUCAUCCUGGCUGUCACUAUAGCCGAGGUGGCGGUCUUCAUGUAUUAUGGGUUCCAGCUGGACCGGCUGGUUCUGCAGGUGUCCAGCCCGUCCUUCCUACGGAGCCCGUUACCGUACCAUCCCCAGCUCCGGGCCCAGGCCUGGCGCUACGUCAGCUACAUCUUCAUGCACACUGGGAUCGAGCAUCUGGGCCUGAACAUGGCCAUGCAGCUGCUGGUGGGCGUCCCUCUGGAGAUGGUGCACGGUGCCUUGAGGAUCGGCCUGGUCUACGUCUGCGGAGUGCUGGCAGGGUCUCUGGCCGUGUCCGUCACGGAUAUGACGGCUCCCGUGGUCGGGUCGUCUGGCGGAGUUUACGCCCUGGUGUCCGCACAUCUGGCCAACGUCGUGAUGAACUGGUCGGGGAUGAAGUGCCAGUUCAAGCUGUUCCGGAUGGCCAUGGCUCUGGUUUGCAUGAGCGUGGAGUUCGGCCGGGCCGUGUGGCUGCGGUUCUACCCCCCGGCCUUCCCCCCCUGCCCCAACCCCAGCUUCGUGGCCCACCUGGGGGGCGUGGCGGUGGGGCUGACGCUGGGCGUGGUGGUGCUGCAGAACUACGAGCAGCGGCUGCAGGAGCAGUCCCUGUUCUGGAUCUUCUUCUGCGUCUACACGCUGUUCGUGCUCUGCGCCGUCUUCUGGAACGUUUUCGCCUACGGCCUGCUGGACGUGCGGAUCCCGCCGGCGCCGUGAGUCUCCUCUCCGGGGGCCGACGGCGCUCGGAUCCUUCCUUCCUCCCCGACGCAUAAGCCACCAUCCUCUUUUAUUCUAACCGCCGAGGCUAAAGCUGCAGCUGCUCUUUACCGCCACGGAUCUAACGCGACGGCUUUGCUUGAACUCCUUUUGCCUACUUCACCUCAGUCCAACGGUGCCUUCCCACGGAGACAUCAGCCUUCUCAAAGUAUUUUUGCACACUCGCUUCUCGUCAACGGGGCGGGUUUUAUCUACGUUUGUCCGUAGGUGAAUGAAAACGAUCACACGGCGGUUUGUCGGUCGACGGAGACCCUUCCACCGAUCGUUGUCCAUUGUCGGCGGAGUGUUACUGCAACGCCGGGACGGAUUCGGGACUAUCUGUCGUGCGUAAAAGCUGAGAAACGAGCAGAAGUUGAUAUUCAGACUUAAGCUUUCGAUGCCAAAACGUUGCCGGCCGAACCAGAUGUGAAGCUUGGGCUCGAACGAGCGUUUGGGUUGUCAUGGUAACAGGAAACUGUUCUCGAGAGACUCUCUGCUCGAUGGAAACAAAUGCAGUUACGUGUUUUCUUUUUUUUCUUCUUUUUAAAUUAUUGCUUGCCAUUUCCAGCGAUUGUUGCAAAAGCUCAAUACGAAUUUAAAACUAAACAAAGAUGCAAACGCGUGCAUUCUGGAGUGGCGUUGGACCACCGACCACGUUUACCUGCGGAGUUAGAAGAGCACAGACCGACCGCAUCCGGGCCCGAGCUGUCGGACCCGGUUCAGGACACAAGUCAGCGAAGGUUUCGUCACAAUUUACAACCCCAGAUAACAGAAACGUUAAAACGGUGUUGAAAAUGCAAAGUGGGGAAAUAAAAUGCAUUGAUUCUUACAUUUAAUUUGACUUUUAUUUCUUUGCAAACAGUAUGAACUCAGGAUAUUCAAGGAAUUUAAAACUGCAUUCUUCACUUAGAAGUGUAGUAUACAGUAUGUAUCUUUGGGAAAACCAGUAUGCACUAGUAGUCUAGUAUGCAGACUUUGAGCAAAGGCGAGUAGCGGAUCUCCGCUUUCUCAACUAAUGUCUGAGAAAGUAGUUUGAAGACAGAUUGGAAAGGUUUUAAAAAGUUCUCAUUUUACAGUAUUAAACAUUUCAAGGAAUCUGGAGGAAGUUCACUACCUUCAGACCAGGUCACAUCUUCAACUUUAGCAGCAUAUCCUAGCUUAAUAUUGCUCUGAAGCGCUGGGGAGCUGAACCAUCGAUGUGUUGUUUUUUUUUUUAUUUGGGCGUGUUCAUAACGUAUUUGCAACAUUCAUAAGACGUUAUAGAUUACUUAUACCAAUGAAUGUUUCACGUGUUGCCGGUGUUCACUAAUUAUAUGCAACAAUAGUGUAAAAUACACCUUUCGUAGUCUAAAUAAAUGCUAAAAUCAAAGCCACACAAGACAUCAAUAUCACCCUCAACGCCAAAAACAUCAGAGAACCAAGACGUCUCCUGGCGAGGAGUCACCGUCAUCACCCUCAGGCCACGUUUACACAUAGCCGGGUAUUUACGAAAAACUGAUAUUUCCCAUUCUACGUUUUGAAAAAUACCAUCAUUUACAUUAACCCACAUAAAUAUCUGUUAAGGUGCUAUGAGCAUCCAAACCUACAGGGGGCAGUGUAACGAGAAGAUAAAGUCAUGCUAGCCAAUCAGAAUCCUGGAAAAAAACACCAACAAAUGACACGAGUAACUUCCAGUUACUUCCAAGAUGAACCAGAGUCUUUCGUUUGGAGUGACAGAGAAGUGGAGUUACUUUUAAGUGUGACUUUAGAAUAUAAAACUUUAUAUUGACGGUGGCCAAACAAAUUGUAAACACAGGUCGCAUUCAUGACGCUGGUGACGUUUCUGUCGCAUAAUGUGACGUCCUGAAGCCUAAAUGACCGUUUCCCUCUGUUUACAAGCAAACGUGAAGACGGAGUUUUUGCAAAUCUCCACUUUGGCCGGAGUUUUCAGAAAUGAUCGUUUUUGGUGACUUUGAGCUUCGUUUUCGAACGAACGGCCAAAACGCAUGAAAACACCAUCGUUUUUGCUCCGUGUAAACGGGGCCUCAUACUCACCCUCUGGUGGAGGUGAUGCAGGAUCUAAAGCCUCUCUGGCAUCGUUCCACCGUUGGCUGGUCGUACGGGCCAAACGGCGGAACUGCAGCCCAGCGUAGCCGCACUUUGCUCCGGGGAUGAGCAGCGGACGUGUUUCCAAAUCUGCAGCCGGUAAAGAAAACCUGGACACCUUCCCGGUCAACUCUUCUACCCGACGCCAACAAUCGCACAACUAUGGCAAUUAAUGAGCCGUGCACAGGCAUAUGUCAAAAAAAUGUUUCUUAAUGCACAAUAUUUUAUACUGACCUCACCAUACUACGACUUAUGCCCAUAACCGUGUUGACGUAAGCUGGCGUAUUCAGCAAAAUAAGUACAAACUGGCUCAGUCAUCACGGCGUGACAGGCCUUUAAGGGCAGUUGCACAAGCCUGAACUGGAACUCUGGGUACUGGAUCACAUGAUCUGGUGAAGCACGAUAAUACAGAGAUAGAUUAAUCAUUUAAUACAUUUAAUUUUGUCCAAUUUGCUGAUUCUUUUUGUCAGACAACAAUAUUUAAUUUUUUUAAAUACCUGACAUGUCUUGUCGAUCCCUUUCGCCUCCAUCAGUCACAACAUGUCAGGUAUUUAAAGAAGCUAAAUAUUCUUGUCCAACAAAAAGAAUCAGAAAAUUAAACAGAGAUAGAUUUAAGGAUGCAACGUGAGAAUUUACUGUCCAAAAAAAAAGACCUUUGUAAAUCAGGAAGCAUCUGGGAUGGGAUUACAACAUCAGUGACCUUAUUAAAGCCCGUUAAAGUACUUUACACUUUAAUAACCCGUUUCUGUUAGUCCAUUCCUUCCUAUGGGAACCUCCUUAAUCUCAGAUGUAGCUGCAAACCUGUUCCUUCUGGAGUGUUUAAGGUGUUUAUUCGUGCAGUGGUUUUCAGAGCAACCACGGUGCUAGCAUCCAGUGCUAACUAGUGUAGCACAAAUAAAAGUUAUGUUUUUUGAUCAUGUCUUGAAAUUGUAUUCACUACAAGAGUCUGCUGUUAGUUAUAAUAACUUUUUCUAACAGUGAAAAACUAGUCCUGUUAACUGGAAAAAUGAAAACUAAAGGUUUUUAUAAGACGACAUAAAGAAAAGCUGAAAUUAACUUUGUUUUAAUUUUUGUUUCUUGUUUUUUUACAUUUGGCACUUUAUUUUUCUAUUUACUCUAAGAAAAAAAUAGUAGAAUAUUUUUAUCAUAAAGCAUUGUUUGUAUGUUUCUUUCAUAUCUUUAAAUUAAGUCCCUUAAAAACUAAAACUAUUGGACUUUUCAAAACUGAGACUAAAACUACGGGCGCACUUGUCAAACUAACGAAAACUAAACUGAAAUAAUAAAACAAACUGAAAGAUGAAAUAAAAAUAAAAACUAUAAAAAAGUUCAAAACUAUUAACACUCUGGUUGACGAUAGCAACAUUAGCAUUAUUAGCAUCAAUCUGACCUAUUCUUAAAGAACUGUAAUUCCUCAUAUUGAACAGUAGGGGGCGUGUACCGACUUUUAUAGGAACAUAUUGAGGGCGAGAGGAAAUCCACUAAAAAGCUUAAAUAUUCUGGAUUCAUACUGUUUGAUAAGAAGCCAAAGUUCAUGUGAUUAUCAACCCUUAUUUUCAUUUUCAUCUUUUUUUCUGAUUUGGGGAAUUUAUUGUUGUUAACUAAUUGUGUGGUAACUUAAAGCGGGCUAGCCCCGAGCCAAAGCUCUCAGACUGUGUUUUAACCUCAUGUUACAAGGACGACUGCUUAGCACAAACGUUACAAUAUCAUUAAAUACAGAUAAUAGUUUAACAUGCAGUUGUUGCUUUUAUUUCCUUCUAACCUCCUGUGGUGAUACCGGUUUGUUGUGUUGUGUUGGGUCGAUCCUCGUUGUGAUGUGUUAUCUAUAUCCUGUAUGUACCCUAUUUAAUUAAUGCUUAAUUAUGGUCUGGGAUUGUAGAAAACAAGGGCUACGAUACCAAACUGCGUGAGGGGAAAUCACUGAUAGUAUUUUAACAUUGUGCAUAUUUUGUAGAUUUGAUAUGUACAUAAAGUGGUUCAUUAAACAGUUUUAU